GUAAAAACGCACCAAACCCACGCCAAACUCUUACGAAAUGGUGAGCGUCAUAAAAAAAGCAGCUCGAUCCUUGCAGCUCCUGGCACUUGUAUGAAUGAAUAAGUUGUUUUCAGAGAAAGCCUCCUGGAUUUGCUGCUGGAGAAAUAACCUCAAGAGCGGAACGCGCUGGGUGGUGGUGCGUCGCUGCGAUCUGCACAGAAAACGGGAUCAGACUGUUCAGGGUGAACUUUAGGUUUUUGGCCAAAGAAGGCAACUUUGUUUAAACAGCGAGCAAGACGGCUUGUUUCAGCGACAAGUGGAGAUAUGUUCAAAAAAAGCAAGAGUAAAGUGCUGGUGGAUUAUGCGUCAGAGGAAGACGACAUGUCCUGGCACUAUCAUCACUCCUACAAGGACAAAGACAUAGAAGGAGAGGAAGAGGAGGAGGAAGCUGUCACUGCAGUGUCCAAGGAGCCCAAGGUGAAGAAGAUCAUGUCGAAGAAAGAGAGGAGGGAGAAGAAGAUGUUCUCCUCUAAAGAUGACGAGCACUUCUUGCUGACCGGAGUCAAGCUGGCUGACCGCAGAGGGUCUCACAAGAAAAUCAAGGACGAUGAGAAGGAGAAGGAAAAGAAGGACAAGCCAGAGAAGGGCCACUGUUUCUGGGAUAGCGUCACCAUGACGAUGAGGCAGAUCUCCCCCACCAAAAAACUGGAGAAGAUGGAGGGCUGGGAGCCGCCUCACCUGGAGAACUUACCUGAGACUGUGACUGACGGAGCCCCAGAGGACAAGAGCCAGAAAGGGGACUCGCCAGUGUCCCUCCCCAACACUUUCGGCCUCCCGUUGGAGCUGGCCUCCUGGGCGGGCCGUGGUUUUGAGGAGGACUCCUCCCGCUAUGCUAAUCUCUCGGACUCCAAGGAUUCAACAGCUGCCGACAGGUGGACAGCCCGCGCCAAAGUCAAGCUGGCCGGCAUCAGCAGGAUGAGCAGAGGGAUUGUGUCAGAGAGCGCUUGGGAGGGGUUUAAAUAGGAGCCAUUGUUACCUUGGAUACCCCUCCCUCCUCACUUGUGUACCAUCGAUAAAGAGGAUGAAGACCUGAACCAAAUAUCUGCUUGUCUCUGUAGUCUAGUUCUGGACGACACCGGUGUUAACUGGUUUUGAGAUGCCGUUAUAAAGCCCUGACCAUAACACAUGAAGUUUGUCCUUAUUGUUUUAGCUUUGAAAGUCCUUAAAGACAGUAUCAGUCAGUUUUAUCACUGGGCUCUUUUUGCCACUUUUGAAUCACUGACGUAAACUGUAAAUUACAACAAAUAAAAGCCUUAAACUACUGUACCAUUUUAACUGUGAUCCACUGGCCUGGCAUUUAGACAUUUUAUAUUGUCAAGAAAUAAGAGGAGUGAUUUUUUUUAUGUAAUUAUUGUCGCUGUCAGUGGUAGAGAAUCAAUGAAGAAUAUGCAAAUCUGCUACUGAAGACUUGUUAGCUUUCACUUCCUUUCUGUCUAUGCAGCAUCUGAGUCUGGAGCCAUAACUUAUACAUCAAAAUUGGGCUUAAAGGAAUACUUCACCCCCAAAAUGACCAUUUGUGUAUCAAUUACUCACCCCAAGUUGUGUUGAAUUCUUGAAGGAAACUCUUGCAUGCCUUAGUGAACAAAGAAUCCAAAAGCAGAGAAUGUUCUUAAUGAAUUGAAGUCACGGGGGUCCGCGUCUCACAACAGCAAAACUAUAUCAAAAAACCGACAAACUUUCACACAACUCGUGCAGUAUAAUCCAAGUCUCAUUUAUCUAGUCAUAUUCUCAACACUUCCCAAACAGGCAGCCCUUUCUGAUAGGGAACUGAACUAAAAGUGAAACUUACCUAUACUCUCCUCAAAGCCAGACUCCAUUGACAAAAACAGUUAUUUUAUCUCGCUGAACACGGGAGCUGCUGGUCUAGUGCUGCCUCGAUCAGUUAGUUUGAUGUGUAAUUGCGUUACUUUUUUGACUGCAAACUAAUGCUCUUAAAUACCAAAGUCACACAAUGACACCAUCAAACUGACUAAACAAGGCAGCGGUCGACCAGCAGCUCCUGUGUAUAGCGAAGUAAAAUGACUGUUUUUGUCAGUGGAGUCUGGUUUGGAGAGAGCAUAUAUUUUCUCCAUUUUUGGAUUCAUGGAGUGACACCUGCGAGUCAACUCAAGCUGCACUGAUUCAUACACACACGUCAUAUGUCACUCUACAUAUGACAUCUACAAACACACACCCUCCCAAUUUGGCGGUCUAUUUAAGCUGCAAAAUCUUCCCAGCUCUCCCUUUGCCUCAUCAGUGCUGCUUCUUGCCCUUUCAGCCCCACCUCCAACACAGCAUCCACUUGCAGUCUCCAGCUAGGGGGGCAUAUUUAAUCAUCACUCCCCAAUAUCACAGAUAAACAUAUCUGCGGGGAGUGAUGAGGCCGGAGUCUAGACGCCAAACUCUAUGCUCUGCUGUUGAAAUAAACAUUUAAAACGUGACUGAAUUAGUUUUCUUCAUGAAUUCAGCAUAACAAGGGUCCAGCAACUGAUAUACAAAUAACUGUUUGGGGCGUGAAGUACUCCUUACAAAAUUUGUGCAAUCAUGAAACAGCUUAUGAAACACUUUGGAUCUGGAAUAUCUGUGUGUGUGAGUUUGUGGAUGGACAUGCAUGCACAAUUUUUUGUGGUGAAUCACAGUCGGCAUCGUUACGGAGACUUGAAUAUCUGUUGUGCUAAAACUAAAUCUAAUGAAUCUAAGCAGCCCCCACAGUAUCAUAGAUUGAUACAUGUUUAAAUCUGAUGCUGAAUGAAGUUAAUAAAAUUUGUAAUGAUGACUGUGUUUACUUGUGACAAAAAAGCAGCGACUCCCUGCACCUGUGAAGUGCCUUGUAUCUAUAGAGUGACAUCAUGUGUUUGCCAUAAGUUUGAAAGACACCAUCCUCUGAGCACAAACCUGCUGAGCUCAUUAUGAUCUAUGCAGGAGCAUGUGGGUCAGCCCAGCAUCAGCCAUUGAAACACUUACUGGUUUCCAGUUAUAAUCCCUGGAUGCCAUUAACUUCACCAGCAGGUACAGCAGAAGUGUUUGUGCUACAUUAUAAAAACCUGCUCAGUUCUUUAAUGCUGUUUGUUAAUGAUUUUUCUUUUCACACUAUCUGUUUUUGCUUCGCUCUUAUCUUCUGUUUUAAUCUGUUUACUGAAUUUGUUUGAUACUGCAGUCUGCUUCAUUGCAGCCAGAAGUGUACACAGACACAGGUCCACUUUCAGGAAUGCCUGUAUCCUGUAUUUAUUCACUGAACGCCUGGGUCACAUUUUCUUAAGUGGAAUAAAGAUCUAGUCUGAC